ACGACGCCGGGCGAGGCGCGGGCGGGGGAUUUGGGGGGAUUUUGGGUUUUUUUGGGGUUUAUUUUGGGUUUUUUGGGAGGUCCCGGCACGCAGCGAGCCCCGCUCGGGUCGGGAUGGCGGCGUUGCCUCCGCGAGAGUUCGCGGCGCAGGUGCUGCCCGGCUGCGUGGUGCCCACGGCGCGGCAGGGCCUGGCCCAGCUCUGGCCGCUGCUGCUGCUCUGCCUCGGGGCGCGGCUGCUGCACCGGCUGCCGCUGCCGCGGGGCGGGAAGCACGCGGGGGCGGCGGCCGGGGGGCUCCUGGCCCUGCACCAUUUCUUCGGGGCGCAGGCGCUGUGGGUGGCUCUGCUGAGCGGGCUCUGCGUGCUCACCCUGCUGCUGAGCCGGGCCCGCGCCCACCGCGGGCUCUGCCUCGCCCUGGCCGCCCUCAGCUACCUGCUCAUGGGGGAGCUGCACAUGGUGGACACGGUCACGUGGCACAAGAUGCGAGGGGCGCAGAUGGUGGUGGCCAUGAAGGCCGUGUCGCUGGGCUUCGACCUGGACCGCGGCGCGGGCGCGGCCGAGCCCAGCCCGGCGCAGGUGCUGGGCUACCUCUGCUCGCCCGGCUCCGUGGUCUUCGGGCCCUGGGAGCCCUUCGGCAGCUACCUGAGAGCCGUGGAGGGGCCGCCCCUGAGCGCGGCGUGGGCGCGGAAGGGGCUGCGCAGCCUGGGGCUGGCCCUGCUCUGCCUGCUGGUCAGCACCUGCCUGGCCCCAUUCCUCUUCUCCAGCCUGCUGCCCUUGUACGGGGCACGGGCCCUGCGCAGGUGGCUCCGUGCCUACGAGAGCGCCCUCUCGUUCCACUUCAGCAACUACUUUGUGGCCUUCCUGUCCGAGGCCACGGCCACGCUGGCCGGCUCGGGCCACACCGAGCGCCACGAGCACCUGCACUGGGACCUGGCGGUGUCCCGGCCCCUGCGGGUGGAGCUGCCGCGCUCCAUGGCCGAGGUGGUGACAAACUGGAACCUGCCCAUGUCCCGCUGGCUGCACACCUACGUGUUCCAGACUGCUCGCUGCCUGGGCACCUUCGCCGCCGUGCUGGGCACCUACGCAGCCAGCGCCCUGCUGCACGGCCUCAGCUUCCACCUGGCCGCGGUGCUGCUCUCCCUGGGCCUCAUCACCUAUGCCGAGCACGGUCAGUGCCAGCCCUUUAAGGGGGGGAUUUGGGGCGUCCCUGAAAUUUUUGGUGUCCUACAGACGCUGUGGGUGUGGGGGGUGAACAGGGAUGUUGAGGGUCCCUGCAGAGGUUUUGAGGUCCCUGAGGUUUCUGGGCUCCUGCAGACGCUGUGGGUGCGGGCUCUGAACGGGGCCCUGGGCGCCCUGGCCCUGUUCCACCUGUCCUACCUGGGCGCCCUAUUCGAUGUGGAGGCUGAGGAUGCCGUGGAGGAGCAGGGCUACGGCAUGGCCUACACGGUGCGCAAGUGGUCCGAGCUGAACUGGGCCAGCCACUGGGUGACGCUGGGCUGCUGGGUGCUGGCCCGGCUGCUGCGCUGAGGCUCUGCGAGGCCACUGGGAGCCACCGGGGGCAAACUGGGAACACUGGGAGCACCUGGGCACGCCUGGGAGGACCGGGCGCCACAGAGAGCGCAGCCGCUCCGCCCCGCCGGAAGCGCCUUUCGAUGGUCCCAACUUCUGCUCCGGGGGGUUUCCCGCCCUUUCUCGGGCGGAAGUGGCGCCGCGCGGCCGCUCUGGGACCAAUAAAGCCUCGCCUCGA